ACUCGGACGUGAUGCGUCCAUUUCCGGUUUGGUCUAUUUUAGUAUGAACAGAGUUGGCGGCAAAGAUGGAGUCUGAGCAGAAAGAAAACACAAACAGAAAUGAAACAGAUGAAGAGUUCAGAGUUCAGGUGACGGCGAAGACACGACUGACCGAGCAGAUCAGUAAAUAUAAGGACAUUUUACGGACGGUGGCGGACGGACAGACGGACGUACCGGAGGACAUCCGGAGGGUUUUAGUCCAGGAGCUGCUGGCGAACUUCGAGGCGGCGGUUCAGGACAACGUGUUGGUGAAUGGAAAACCAUGGAGUGACGCACCUGAUGAUGAAGAAGAUGAGGCUGUUGAUCUGGAAAUCCAACUGGACGACGCCAUCGUGGAGACCAGCAGGAGGCGCCGCACCUACCCCAGAACCAUCCUGCCCCACGUGGUCCACGCACUGAAGGCGGAACGUAAACUGAUGGGACUUUAUGAAAACACAGUCAAACCUCAGGAGGCGUUCAAGGACCCAGACCAAGAGGACCUGAUGGGUGAACUGUCAGCUGCUGCUCCUCUGAUGGUCAAGGAGGCCACGGAGCUCAUGAAGUCUAUCAUGGUCCUGCAGACCCACACCGCUGGCCUCUGUCAGGUCCUGGACCUCCAGCCCAGUCCAGCGUCGGUGGAGAUCCACAGGGAGGUGUUGGGACGCGGCGACUGUUCAGACAUUACCGUGGCGACCAGACAGCCAAUCAGGAGAGCUGUAGAGGAGGCAGUGGCCACGCAGUGUUAUGUCCCCGUCGCCAAGAAACCCAAGUGCACCAUGGGAGAGUGAAAGCAGACGAUUGUACCGGAACCAACCAGGUUUUAGAUGUUUCAGCUGACGUUAAACACAGUCACAUCCUGGACAAAGGUAGAACUAUAAAGGGUAGAUCAGUCCUGAAUGUGCACAUGAUCCAGGUCAAUAUUAGUGUCUGCGUCAGUACACGUGUCUGAUCACUGCUCAGUAUUCUGUGUCUUUUUUCAAUAAACCAACAGUUCAAUGAUUGUUUUGUUUCACGUUUGUUAAAUGUUACAGUUUCUCAUGUUCUGAAGGUGUUUCAGCUUCUACAGCUUUUACUCUGAA